AUGGCCUCCACCGGCGGAUCCGACCAGCAGGAACGAGAACCAUUUCCAACCUUCGACUCACGGAGACCGUCAUUGAGAUCCCAUAGCUCAAUCCCUUCAUCUCCUGCGCGGGCUAGGACGCGUACUGGCUCCAUCAUACAAUCAUUCAUCGAGAGCAACCCACCUCUGGGAUUCAUGCAAGCCACUGGUGAAGUCACGUCCAAAAUCCCCACGUUGCCAGAAAUUAGAAAUGGAGCAUUUUCCGACGAGGGAUGGUCACAUGAAGGACAGAUGGAACAUCGAGGCACAAAUCCCCAUGACAUCCAUCGCCGUCGUGUAGCGAGGACGAGCUCUGCAAGUACAAGAACGAGGAAAAGUUCCAUGUCUACACCUGCCGGCGUAGUGCCCGUCAUUGCUGAGGAAAGGCAUGAAUAUUUCCCCCGACAGAAUGCAAUCACGAAACCUACGCCUGUUCUCGAAGAAGUACCAACGGUGGCAACGGACGGUCCUGCCGAUGGUAUCAGUCACGCCCAAAAAUCCACAGACGUUGCUGCGAUCAAUGAGAAAGACCAUUCCACCACUUCCUCAAACGCCGAUAGCAACGGACCGCAAGCCGUCAAAAUUCAGAGUGGGCCAGACGCGAGUGGCACGUAUCCAAAUGGAUAUCGCUUCCCCAAGAAGCACACCUGGAUGCAGUCUACCACAAUUGGCUUGAAGGCAUUUUGGAAAUUCUUCCUUACACCACUCGGUUUUAUUUUGACCAUCUAUGGGUUGAAUGUCGUUGCGUGGGGCGCCAUGAUCUUCUUCGUCCUUUUGAAAGCUGCACCAGCAAUGUGUCACCCCAAUUGCGAGGAUGACAGCAGCGCCCGACAGAUCUGGAUCGAAAUCGAUUCACAAAUUCUCAAUGGUCUUUUCUGUGUUACUGCCUUUGGACUUUUGCCCUGGCGUGCCCGCGACUUCUACUAUCUCGUACAAUGGCGGAUUUUUGGCAAGUACGACUAUCACCGGAGGCUCGCUGGUGUCAACAGAAGUUGGUAUCGACUACCCGGAAGUGAAAAACUUGAUGAAAGUGUUGGACCUCCACCAGUGUACACCAAGAAGAACCCCCAGACCCCUGAAUCGCCACCACCAUAUUCAGAAGUAGAAAUCGCUGAGCUCGAAUCAAAUCCCGCAAUUCCUCUUCCCGCCACAUCGAUGCCAACAGCGCCGCUUACAGGCUUAAGAGCCAAGCCCACCAAAUCAUGGACUCUGGAUUUCGUAGUCUGGAUGUACAUAUGGAACACACUAUUUCAGGUGUGCCUGUGCGUGUUCAUGUGGCAUUUCAACCGCUUCAAUAGACCUGCAUGGGGUACCGCACUCUUCAUCGUAAUGGGCUGUCUGGUGGCCAUUGCCGCGGGUGUGGUGGUUGGCAUCGAGGGCAGCAAAGUCAAGAAAGUCGAAGGUAUUCCUAUCAUGGAAUACGAUGUGGUAGAGACAGUUCAGGACUUCCAGGAUCGAAAGGCCAAGGAGGACAAGAAAGAGGACAAGCGCCACCACAAAGACGAGAAACGCCAGGCUAAGAAAUUGAAGGGCCAGCAUUGGUUCACCAGACAUUAG